GAGGUAGAGAAAGGAGAAAUGGCAACUCCAGAACAGCUAGUGCAAGAAAUUGCAGCGCUGAGGCAAGAACUCGCGCGCCAAGCGCAGCAACACCAACAGGACUUGGAGCAAGUGAGAACAGAAAGUCAGCAGCGGACAAACGAGGCUACGCAAGCGGCCUUAGCUGCGCAAGGGCAGCUGGGCACGAUACCGAAUGUUGUCCGAGAGAUGGGACAAACAUUGCAGAAUGCAUUGAGAGAGCGAGACAAAGAACUGGUGGAGGCUAUGAGAAGCUCGUCGAGCGACAAAGGAAAGAUGGUGUUGGUAGACACAAAAGGGCUUGGAAAGCCGAGCAUGUUUUCGGGAGAUGCAGAACAGUAUCUUCCUUGGAGGCACAGAAUGACGGCAUAUGUGUGCUCAAUCUAUCCAGAGCUACGAGAAGUUCUGGAAUGGUGCGAAGAAAGAGAGAAAAGCAUUUCGUCGGAUGAGCUAUCGGAAGCUUUUGGCGAGAAGGCCGACGAAAUAGAUCGAAUACCAAAGCUCUUCGACAAGUCAAUGGAGUUGUCGUCUGCAUUGCAGAUGGUGACUGCGAAAGAGCCGUUUGCGAUUGUCAUCAACUGCAACACGAACGGGUUUGAGGCUUGGCGAAGACUAGCUCGGAGGUAUGAUCCGGCUACAGCAUCCAGGAAAAGAUCCAUGCUCAAGUCGGUGAUCAACCCCCAGAAACAAAAGCUUGAACACCUGCCUCAAGCGAUCGAAGAAUGGCUUGAUGCAAUCGCAUCGUAUGAGAAAAGAAAGGAUGCUUCCGGAAAUCGAGGAAAGAUUCCAGAAGAGAUCAAGAUUGCAGCUUUGGAAUCCAUGUUGCCACAAGACUUGGAAGCUCAUGUGCAGUUGAACCAGUCGAAGUUUGCGGGUUUCGAAGACUUGCUUGAAGAAGUUACACGGUAUGUGGAACACCGCACGGGCAAGACUUUGAAAGCGUUUUCGACGACCCAAAUUGCUGGCAAAGAAGCCCUCGGCGACCCGAUGGAUGUUUCAUCUGUUGGGAAAGGCCUAGGCAAGCACCAGCAGAAAACGAAGUUUCUGGGAACCUGCAACAACUGCGGAAGAACAGGCAAGGGAAAGACUUCCAGCGGAAAGGGCAAAGGCAAGGCGAAGAAGGGCAAAGGAAAAGGAAAGUACACCAACAGCAUAGAAGAAGCCACUGGUGACGAAGAGUGGCAAGAAGAAGGAGCCCAGAACGAAGAGCCUUGGGAGCAAGACGAAUGGACAGGAGAACAAAGCUGGGAGGAAUGGCCGGAGGAAAGCGAAUGGAACGAAGGAAAUGGGCUGCUAAUAGGUGGCCUGGAAGGAAUAGAUCCGGAACAGCUGGAAGGACUGAACGACGAUGAGGCACAAGAACUACAGGACGCAUUGCUUGAAAGCUUGGCGGCGCUCCAGGCUAGGAGAGCUAAAGCACGGAAUACGCAACCAGAAGAAGCAGUGCCAGCCAAGGCAAAGGCAAAGGAGGAGGCCAAGGCCAGCUCGAGUGCUUCGCUCGGUGCGCGGCCUAGACCUGCCUUCGUGAGACCGCCUUCAGGGCCGCCGCCUCCCAAAGAGAAAGUGUCAGGAAGCACAAAGCCGGCUGAACCGGUGAAGCCACCGUCGGUUCGAGCGAAGGCAGCGCAAAUGCUGCCGAGACCAAAGUGCACCAGUGAAAGUUCCACGCCAAAGUCCGGUGCGAGAGUUCCAGUUCCAGGGUCCGUUCGGCCCGCGGAACCAAAGGGACCACCGCCAGUCAAGACAAGAGGAAGUCGGGAGCGUGGAAGGUCACUGGAAAGGGCCCCGAAGUCACCUAGGACUUCGGGCAAGGAGCCCAAGAAGCACGAAGAGGAAAGGAAUAGAGAGAAAGCGAGCGGAAGCAAGGAGCCCAAGAAGCACGAAGAGGAAAGGAAUAGAGAGAAAGCGAGCGGAAGCAAGGAGCCCAAGAAGCACGAAGAGGAAAGGAAUAGAGAGAAAGCGAGCGGAAGCGAGGACCCCAAGAAGCACGAAGAGGAAAGGAAUAAAGAGAAAGCGAGCGGAAGCGAGGAUUCCAAAGGACCCAAGGAAGAGAAAGAAGCUUCGGAAGAAUCCGAAGGAAAGAGUGUGGAGCCCCCGAGCAGCGGCCAGGAAGAAUGGUCGGAGGAAGAGGAGCCCAAGGAAAGCGACGAGACCGUGGAGGUCAACGAAGAAGAGGAGGAGCAAGGACCUCCCGGAAGAAAGAAGCCAACAAGCCACUCGGGCGUUUCGCCCGCUGGAGGCUUUGAGCUAGAAGUAGAAGAGCUCCAGCCGGAACGUCGGCCGAAGGAGCCAAGCGAGAAAGAAAAGGCCCGCGCUAGGGAAGAGCACGCAGCAAGGAUGCGAGCUCUGCAAGGUCAACAGCUUGCGCCAGCGGAAGCAAAGCCUAAGGCUGAAGCAAAGGCUAUUGCGAAAGCGAGUGACGCGACAGCAGACGCCACGUCGAUGUCUUCGUCGGCGGCGAUGCAGAACAUGCUGCAGGGCAGCCUGUUAGGAAGUCUCACGCAAGAUCGGGGCCGCCUGCUAAAGAGGCUCGAGGAGUUCAAGAAAGAAGAAAUGAGCGAAGACGACUUUGAGGAAAAGUCGCAGAUCGAGGCCGAGCUGGAAAGCAUCCUCGAACAGAUCGCAAAGUUGAAAGAACGCGGAUUGGCCAGGCCUGCGCCCAAAGCAGCAGGACGACUGGACCAGUCAGUGCACGAUGCGAGAUAUCGUGCGGCCAUCGCAAAAGGGAUGUCACACGCAAAGGCGUGGAAGGAAGAGAAAGGAAGAAGGCGAGCUGCACAGCAGCGCCAACAAGGAGAAAAGGAGCGCGCCACGCUCAAUGUGGAGAUGCAAGAGGCCUGGGCAAAGCACUUCACCACAGUGCCCGGGCGCAAAGAAGACAAAGUGCAAGUCGACGCCGUCGAGACCGUGACCAUCGACAGCAGCGGCAAGGAGAUCGACCCAAGCACAGUCCGGAGUUCGGUCGCGGUGCCGCUGACGAGAAAGGAGAGAACGUACUACCGCCAGGAGUACGAAGAAGAGCUGAAGCCAAGAAAGGAGAAGGUGGAAAAGCCGCCUGACCCGGAGAGACGGCGGAGAGUCAACGAAAAGAGAGCCAUGAGAAGAAAAAGGCUUGCAAACAAGAACAAAGGAAAGGGCAAGCAGAAGGGAAAGCAAGAAAGCAAAACCCGAGGAGAAAAGAGAAAGGAGCCGCCCGAAGAAGACGAAGACGAAGAAGAUGAAGACGAAGACUGGGGCGACUGGAAGAAGCCACCGAGAGAUCCCGAUGAACCUCGGGACCCUCCUGAAGGAGAAGCACUUGUGGCGUCGGUCGAGACGACUAUGGCCACGAACGCCGUUUCGGCGUCCGGAGGCCGUGGUUCGCAACGCGGCCAGGAACGCGUCGAGGUGAACUUCGACAGCGGAGCCGCUGUGACGGUAGUGCCACUGAAGUUUGGCAACGGAAACGAGAAGCCCAGAGAAGAAAUGAAGUUCAAAACAGCGAGCGGUGAAAACAUCGCAGACCAUGGACCCAUCAAGUUGAAGGGCACCACGUCGACCGGGAACAAUGCAACACUGCAUGGUCGUCUGGCGGACGUCCAUCGUGUUCUUGGUUCGGCUUCGGAUAUUUGCAGGACUCACCACGCCGUCCUCGGAGACAAUGGUGGGUAUCUUAUCCCGAAGCAAAAUGCGUUUGGCAAGGAGUUCAACAUGAUGAUGCGAAAGCUGGUGAGAAAAUACCGCGACGACCCCCGCAGCGCUACCAGACUCCACGUAAGGAGCUGGUGUGUGCAUUGCAUGCGCGCACGCGGCAAUGUGCAAAGCCAUCCAAGAACGGUUCGUUCUGGAGAGGGAGAAGUACCAACCUUGCACGCCGACUACUUCUUCCUAGGCAGCGACGGAGAACGAGAGGACAUCAUGCCGCACCUAGUGGUGCGAUGCGACAGAACCAGAAGGACAUGGGCAACCUCGUUGCCGCAGAAAGGAGUCCAUCCUUUCAACACAAACUGGUUUUGUUCCAUAGUGCGUGAAGCAGGAUGGAAACGCAUGAUACUCUUUUCAGAUGGCGAACCAGCGCUUGUUGCACUAAAGCAAGCCGUGGUCGAAAACAUGAGGGACGUUGAGAUCACUUUGAAGGAAUCGCCUACGUCUGUCAACGAAGAGAACGCGCCGAGCAAUGGCUAUGCUGAAUGUGCGGUUCGAGAGGUAAAGAGAAUGAUCCGAGCUACGCUGUCGGACUUGGAAAGCAAGCUACAGCUCAAGAUCGACCCGAACCACAGCAUACUUCCGUGGAUAGCGAGGCACGCAGCGUUCCUGUUGACAAGGUUUCGAAUAGGUGACGACGGCAAGAGCGCCUACCAAAGAGCCGUGGGAAGAGAAUGGAGAAGGCCCACCGUGGUGUUUGGCGAGCAGAUCUUGUUCAAGCCUGUGGGUGCUUUGGGCAAGAAAAGAAGCUCACCGUUGGAACCGCGAGUAGCAAUGGGACGAUAUGUGGGGACAGCGAGUAGGAACGCGGACCUCCUCGUGAUGACACCCACUGGAGUCGUCAAAGGACAUUCUCUCCAUAGGCGAGCCGAAGAAGACCGAUGGUCGAAAGAAGGAUUCGACCAGCUGAGAGGUCUACCGUGGAAAUGGACCAAUCCAGUCGAACGUGCGCCACCGAACCGAGUGGACAUGCCGGAACUUGUGGGAGAACAGCCAAAGCCUGAUCCGAAAGAGUUUAGAGCGAGAAGCCUCUAUGUACUCAAGUCGGACUUGGCGAAGUAUGGCUACACCACACUGUGCCCCGGCUGCGAAGCACAGAUGUUGGAUUUGCCACAGCGAAGCCACAAUGAGGAAUGUCGAUUUCGCAUUCAGAGACACCUGAUGGAAACCGAAGAAGGAAAACAGAGAGUUCAAAGGGCGAUAGAACGAAUGGACAAAGACUAUUCCGCCAAGAACAAGAAGAAAAGAAAAGCUCAAGAAGAACCCGCGUUGGAAGGCCAACCUGCAGAAGGAGAGGUUGCAGCUGAAGAAGCUGCAGGAGCACCAUUGGAACGUCCAAGCCAAAUGCAGGUGGACAACCCAAGUCGAGAGUCUCGAAAGCGAGAAGCGGAAAGACAUGUCGAAGAUCUUUAUCAUGAAGAACAAGAAACAGAUGAGCCCGAAAUUGUCAGAGCAAACAUUCAAGGUGGAAGUUCAGGAUCUGGUGGAGAACACACGGACCUGUCGUACAAGCAGGUGAAAGAUCCAGAGCAGUUGGACGAUGUGAGCUACCUGGAACAUGAAUUCCACUCACGAGGCAUGCGAUGCACAAGAAAGGAAGCAGAAGUGAUAUCCAACCUGGUUGGUUCACUAGGUGUGGAUGUCAAAGCAUCUGUUCCUUUGAAUGAAGGACUGUGCCUAAGUGUGGAAGACAAGGGCUGGCGACUUCAGAAGCAAGAUGAAGUUGAAGCCUUGUUCAGAAAGCUCGAAGAAGAGAAGCCAACGCUCGUGGUGGGACUACCGCCCGAUGGACCAUUUGCGGGAGUCCAACGAAGCUACAAUUCUCUUCAGAAGGUGAGCAAAGAGAAAGAAAAGUCGGUGCUGGAAGUUGGAAGGAAGCAGGUGAGAACCUGCGUCGAAGCAUACAAGUUCCAACUAGGGCAGCAAAAGUACUACCUCCAAGAGUGCCCCAAGGGUGCAAAAUCUUGGGAGCACACCCAGUACCAACAACUGAGUGAGGAGUCCUAUGUGGUCGAAGGUCCAAUUUGCAGAUGGACCGUGAACAAAAGCGGUGGAAACUUGGAAGGAAGUUCUUUCAAGAAAAGAACGAGAUGGAUCACCAACUCUGCCGCGCUAGCAGCAGCACUGCGAAAGACAUGUGCUCGAACAGGACAAGAAAGAGUCUGGAAGAGAGAACUUGCGUUCGAGGAGGGGAAAGUUGCAGCAAGACUGUGUUACCCUCCGAAACUCGUGCAAGCCAUUGCCAAAGGCAUCAAAGCACAACUAGUGCUUGAUGGUGAACUCAAAGAGCUUGGUUCAGUUGGAGGACCUGACCCUCAUGAAGAACCGAACUUCGAAGAACAUCAUUACGAGACGUUGCCUAAGGCAGAUGAGCUCUACGUCAAAGAACCGGUCAUCGAUGCAAAUACAGGUGCAGAACUCGAUUCAAAGAAGGUAGCGAAGGCACGAUUGACAGAACUCGAAUGGGUGAAGAAACAGAACGUCUAUACCAAAGUGGACGAAGCGACUUGCUGGCAAGAAACCGGAAGGCCACCCAUCACGUUGAAGUGGGUAGACAGAAACAAGGGAGACAAUGUGAACGAGAACUACAGAAGCCGACUUGUAGUUCGAGAAGUCAAGUCUCAAGGGCAAGCAGCCUUGCUGCCUGAACAUGCGUUGUUCAGCAGUAUGCCGCCACUUGAGGCAGUGAAGCUUCUGUGUUCACUCAUGACCACUCUACGCGUUUCGCGAAGAGGAGGCAAGCUGUCCUUGCGGUUGAUAGACAUCAGCCGUGCCCAUUUCUAUGGUCGUGCAACUCGUAGAAUCUUUGUGACACUUCCAGAAGGAGAUGAAUCUCCGGGAAAGUGCGGACUUCUACUCAAGACCAUGUAUGGAACCCGUGACGCGUCAAGUACUUGGCAAAGAGACUACAGCGAACUUAUGGCAAAGCACGAUUUCCGCGCUGGAAAGGCGUGGCCAUGCAUCUUCUACAGCGAGAAGGAAGAUGUCAGACUUCUGGUGCAUGGUGACGACUUCUUUUGUUUGGCAGAUGACGAAGGCCAUGCGUAUCUAGACAAAGCUCUGAGCGAACGGUAUGAGUAUCGAUGUGACGGACAUAUCGGACCAACACAUGGAGACCAGAUGGUCGUGUUAAACCGUUUGAUCUGCUACGACAAGGAGACCGGCAAGGUUACCUAUGAAGCAGAUCCCCGUCAUGUGGAAGCUCUAGUCAGAGAGCUUGGUUUGGAAAAGGCCAAGGCCGUAAGGACACCUGCGGAAAAGAAGAAACAGGGAGAAGCAAUGAAGACCCUAGAGAUGCCACCAAUGAACGACGCGAUGCAGCGAAGCUAUCGCUCAAUAACUAUGCGAGCCGCGUUUUUGGCACAAGAUCGGCCAGAUAUCGCGGAAGCCACAAAGAGCCUGGCCAGGCACAUGAAGGCACCUCAUGAAGCUGCCUGGUCGGACUUGAAGAGGCUUGGAAGAUACCUGAGUGGAAAGCCAAGACUGGUAUACGAGUACCAUCCUCAACGAUUCCAAAAGGACCUGACCGUGUACUGUGAUUCAGACCACGCUGGUUGUCUCAUCACGCGGAGGUCCACAACGGGAAUUGUGACCAUGUAUGGCUCACACUGUAUCAAGCAUAGUUCCAACGUGCAGACAACCGUGAGUCUGUCGUCUGGAGAAAGUGAAUUCUACGCGAUAGUGAAAGCCAGUGCAGUUGGACUGAGCCAACAGGCCCUACUGCACGAUUGGGGUAUCCAAGUGAACCUACGGAUCCUCAGCGACAGCAGUGCCGCAAGGGGUACGUGCUCAAGGCAAGGUCUGGGACAAACCAGACACGUACAAACAAGAUACCUAUGGGUUCAAGAGAAAGUAGCACGCAACGAGCUCAAGCUCGAGCGAGUCGCUACGGAAAAGAACCUGUCGGAUCUGUGUACGAAACCACUGCCCGAGAUUGCCGUUGAAAAGCAUUUGAAGACCAUGGGUCUGAAGCACUACGAGAAAAGAGCUGAAGGAGGUGAGCAUUGGGCUUCCGGCACGGCGCUCAAUAACAGCCGCCAUGUUUUCAUGGCGGGCCAGGGCGGCACGGAGGUUUCUGAGCCGCUGCCGCAAGGCAACCCUUUGAAGCGGCUUAGCCCGGCGCAGCGCAACCAGCACAACCUUUGCAAGAAGAAACUCAAGGAGAUCGAGCAUCUGAAGGCGCUGACAAAGCUCACUCCGGCUCAGGAGCUCAAGCUGUGUCGUGCCCCUGAGCUCCUUGACAAGAAGCGCUACCUGGAGCGUUUGGCUGAGGACCUUCCUGAGAAGGGCGUGCCAGUCCUUCUGGGCAAUCCUUUGAACCGAGUGGUCCCGGUUGAGCCGUUGCCGCAAAGCAACCCUUUGAAGCGGCUCAGCGCUGCGCAGCGCAACCAGCACAACCUGUGCAAGAAGAAACUCAAAGAGAUCGAGCAUUUGAAGGCGCUUUCAGCGCUCACUCCGGCCCAGGAGCUCAAGUUGCGCCGUGCCCCGGAACUCAUGGCCAAGAAGCAGUACCUGGAGCGCUUGGCCGAGGCAAUCCUUUGA